GUGCAGCAGCAAACAGAAGGCAAACGAGGUGAAACUAAAGAGUUGUAAUUUAAUCGGCUCUAGGACCUGGAAGAAAUGUCUAUGACACAGGGCAGCAGCUAGCUGGGGAGGUAUCGAUGUAGUGGAAGACUGGAGCGAGAGGCUGAGAAAUAAUUUGAGUAAAGGAGAAGAAAUUCACACUCAGCAGUGGGGGGAAUACCAACCUAACACACCGACGAGGAUGUCAAUAAAAACUACGUGGAGUUGCAUGUGAAACCUGGAUACAGCAGAAAAGUGAAGAGACCAGUGUUCCCAUUCCUUGUGCCUGAGUGAAGAACGCCUUUGGAUCGGAGAGAGGGGUCCUUCAGCAGAUCACCUGCUCACACUUGCCUUUGUACCAAUAUGAAUGAAGUAGCAAUAGUGAAGGAAGGAUGGCUUCACAAACGAGGAGAGUACAUAAAAACAUGGAGACCAAGAUAUUUUUUACUAAAGAGCGAUGGAACAUUCAUUGGGUACAAGGAGAGACCGCAAGAUGUGGAUCAGUUGGAAACGCCAUUAAAUAACUUUUCUGUAGCAAAGUGCCAGCUGAUGAAGACGGAGCGGCCGAAACCAAACACAUUCAUCAUGCGGUGCCUGCAGUGGACCACCGUGAUCGAGCGCACCUUCCAUGUGGAAACUCCUGAGGAGCGGGAAGAAUGGACAACAGUCAUCCAGACAGUGGCAGACAGCCUUAAGAAACAAGAGGAGGAGAUGAUGGAUUGCCGGUCAGGCUCCCCUAGUGACAAUUCAGCCAUGGAGGACAUGGAUGUUUGCCUCACCAAACCAAGACCCAAAGUGACUAUGCACGACUUUGAAUACCUUAAACUUUUGGGUAAAGGUACCUUUGGGAAGGUCAUUCUAGUCAAAGAAAAAGCAACUGGAAGACACUAUGCCAUGAAAAUCUUGAAAAAGGAAGUUAUUGUAGCGAAGGAUGAAGUGGCCCACACCCUUACAGAAAACCGCGUGUUACAAAACUCAAAGCACCCCUUCUUGACGGGUUUAAAGUAUUCCUUUCAGAACCAUGACCGGUUGUGUUUCGUUAUGGAAUAUGCUAACGGAGGAGAGCUGUUCUUUCAUCUUUCAAGAGAUCGGGUCUUCUCAGAGGAUCGCUCUCGCUUCUACGGGGCGGAGAUUGUCUCUGCACUGGAUUACUUGCAUUCGGAGAAGAAUGUUGUCUACAGGGACCUAAAGCUGGAAAAUCUCAUGCUGGACAAGGAUGGUCACAUUAAAAUCACGGACUUCGGCCUCUGUAAAGAAGGGAUAAAAGAUGGGGCCACAAUGAAGACUUUCUGUGGGACCCCAGAGUAUUUGGCACCUGAGGUGCUGGAGGACAAUGACUACGGGCAGGCGGUGGACUGGUGGGGGCUGGGCGUGGUGAUGUACGAGAUGAUGUGCGGGCGGCUUCCCUUCUACAACCAGGACCACGAGAAGCUGUUUGAGCUCAUCCUGAUGGAGGAGAUCCGCUUCCCUCGCACCCUGGCCCCUGAGGCACGCUCCCUGCUCUCUGGCCUGCUGAAGAAGGACCCCAAACAACGGCUAGGUGGUGGCCCUGACAAUGCCAAGGAAAUCAUGAAUCACAAGUUCUUCUCUGGGAUCGUGUGGCAGGAUGUGUAUGAGAAGAAGCUCAUCCCACCUUUCAAGCCCCAGGUCACCUCGGAGAUAGACACGAGGUACUUUGACGAAGAAUUCACAGCACACAUGAUCACAAUCACUCCACCGGGACAAGAUGACAACAUGGAAUCAAUAGACAAUGAGAGGAGGCCGCAUUUCCCGCAGUUCUCCUACUCAGCAAGUGGGACUGCCUGAAGCAGCAGCAGCAGCAGCAGCAGCUGCACUCCUCAGAAGUAUUUCCUGCACACACAACCAGACUGCAUUCUCAAGGACCUAUGUUUUUUUUUUUGUUUUUUUUUUAGACGAUUUGAAUAGUUUCUUAAAUAAUUUGUAUGUUUCUGCAUUACAAACUAUUCUACUUAUUCCAUUGUAUUUCUUAAAUAGACAAGGAUAAGAUACUUCCUUUUAGAUCCUAUGAAGGUUACGAGAUGUAACACAUUUCUUACUUUGUAGGUUCUCAGAUUUUAAGCAAGCAAGAAGGAAUAGUAAGGUGAUUUCAUUCUGAGACCAAUGCAGCCCCAAACAUAUAUUGUUAUAGAUGGUUGGAACCAAUUUAAAGAACAUUGCAGAUCAUUGUAGAACAUUUUAAUAAAAAAAAUAUAUUAAAAUGAAAACAUUAAUCCAAAAGACAGCAGUAUGAAACAUUGUUACUACAUUUUAAUGUAUCGGAAUAACCUAAUUAAAUCAAUAGAUGUGCAAUAAAAGACCUGCACACUUGCAGGACCAUACACAAUUUAUGCAGCAAGGCUGUCCUCUAUGGGAUUACACUCUUUCCUAUGAUAUUCACAGAAUUAAUAGCCUCAGUGAGGUGUGGCUGCAGCAACAAACACAUAUUUGUUGUGUUUUGUUUUUAAAUUGCUUUCUUGUUCACGGGAUCAAGCGAUGUAUUGACUUACAGCUUUUGAGUUGUUCCUAGAGUUAACACUUUAUUUAUUUUGUGUCUAUAUACUAGCCAUUAGUAUAGUAUAAGUGGUUUGCAUUUCAUGUGAUGAAAAUAACUUUUGAAAAGAUCUCUAGUUUUUGUAGUUUUUACACUUGCUGUUUUGUCCCGUCUCCGUUCCGCUGUGAAUGACUAGUGGUCGCUGUCUGUCAUCUGAUUGGUCCCUUAGUACUGCAGUGUCACUGUCCGUCAUUUCACCCUGGUCCCACAGAUGUCAUUGUCUGAACCAGCACUAGAAUUCUCUCAUUCGUUUAAAUGUCAAUCAUCAAGAACUGCACCGACUGUGCAAGUUCAUUUGCCAGCUACAGAGCCUACUGUGGAAUUUUGAGAAGGAUAUCCGAGUCAGAAACGCGUUGUUUAGAACACGUUUCAAAUAUUUAGUACACGUUUUAAUUUGACUUUAGUAUGUGUAAUUCUAAUUAUUAAACAUACUAAUUUGGCCAGUCAGAUCACUGAAAAUGAAAUGAGAACCAAUGAAUUUAAUAGUACAUGUAAUAAAUUAUCCAAUAAAGUCGCCUUACAUUCUGCCAUUCCCGCCCAAUUCGUGGCGGUAUAUGGACUUGGCAUUGGGCAAAGUCUAGUGAAAGAUGGGUAGACCCGGACCCUCCAAGACAAGCAUCAACCGACGGUUUCAGAGCCUCGGAAAUCGCUUUAAUUCAGUGGGAACCCCACUGGAACUAAUAUGUAAUUUUAAACACAGAGGAACCUAUUUUUAUGUCCCCUCGCUUAAUAUCAUACCCCGUUUUAUUGUCACGAUUUUUCAAUCAUGACCAUGCACCGUAUGUUCUUUGAGAAAUUACCUCUCUUAAUAUCAUCUCACCAACCUGCUUAUUGUCACAUUUUGUGCAGCCUGUCAGAUGCUGCGUGGCCGGUCUUAACGGGAUACAGUUCAGUUACAAAACACCAACGUCACCACAUUUUUCUUCUUUAACAUAGUUAGUCUUAUACAAAUGCACACAAAAAAAAAACAAAUCCAACGCCUAAUUUGAAAGCUCUCCUCAGUCGACAAUUCAUGCCUUUUUUUAGAUAAUGACACAAAGUGUUUCAUUCCAGUUAGUCACACAAAACGUAUUUGUCCUGUAGUAAACGGUAUGCAUUUGUUUAAAUGUAAAGAAAGACUAAAUGUAUAGUAUUAAAACUCUGCUCUUUAAUUCACUGUUAGUUUUUUUUUUAUUUUUUUUUUCUCGCAGUCAUAAUGUGCUGUCAUAGGUAAAGUGAAACUCUCAUGACCUGCUUUAUAUCACAAACUAUGCCUGCACGGCAAUGGUGAUAUAAAACAGGGUCAUCUGUACUUUUUUUUGUUUAGGCCUUUUUGUUUUUUGUUUAAACAUUUCUAACUUUGCUGAAACUGAAAUGCCUGUUAAGAAAAAAAAAUGUAACUUUUUUUUUGUCAAUUCCAUAGUUUAAAAAGUCCAGUUUUCAGUUGAAUUAUAUAAUUAAGCAAUUAAAAAUAGGUGUUGUCAUAGACAUCAUUUCAAUUAAGAAAGAACAAUUGGGAUGCCACUGUACAGUGUAGCAUUCAAAUGAAAAGAAGUAGUUUUGGAGUGAUGGCUUCUCCUUGCAUUACUGAUUUAUUUAUAUCUGUGUUUUUUUUUUUGUUUUUUUUUUAUAUCAGUGUUUUAAAAUUGACUCAUGAAAGUUGCUUUGAAUGUCUUUUGGUUAAGAUUAAUGAAUGUAAAGGCGUUUCAAUGUUUCUUAGUGUAAUAUUCCACACACCCAAUCCUAUUUGGUAGUUAUGUCUCUGUAUAUUUACUUGUUUUAAAGUCUUGUAUCCAGGCUUUUUUCUUUGUUUUGUUUUGUACUGCCUGGUAUUUUAAUUUCUGUUUUUUCCAAAUUUGUUGAACAUGUCUGCCAGCAGUUUAGUAUUUUCAUUUGCCUCAGAAAUUGUAAAAAAACUAAAGGAUAUAAAUAAAAAAAAACAGUAUUUCUUAGUUCGUUUUAUUAAGAUGGGUGAGUUUUAGAAGCAAAGUAAGUUUUAGAGAACAAAUACAAUUAACACAACCUUUUUUUUUACACACACAGUUCAAUUGUAUUAUUAUUUACAUAUAUCAUAUGUUCUCCUUUUAAAUGCUUAAAUAAAGGAUUUUAACUAAGUUUGUUUCUGCAUUGUUUAUAACUUUAAACACUCAAUAAAUGUUGACAAUUAAGGUGCAUGUACAUGCUCUUGAAUGAACCUCAUGAAUUUAUUGGAACAUCAUUGCUUGAUCUUUGAAAAUAACUGGUGUUCAUGGACAGCGUAGGAGUGUCUCAGUAAUGUAUGCUGCAACUGACCCAGAAAUAAGCCACCAAAUACUUUCAAUGUGUUCUUGAUUUGCUUUGUUACCAGAAUAGUGGACAUUUUGUUUACUAAGUGGGGUACGUUGUACACUUAGUAAUGUAGAGUUUAAUUGUUUAUGUGCAUCCUUUCAAAAACCAUGUAUUUUCAUUUGAAAAUAAAAAAGCUCUGUUUGAUUACCUUU